CUUAAUGUGUACACCUUUCUUUUUUAUUUUCUUUCUCUUUCUCACUCACCCAAUAAGUUUACUAUAAAUUGCAACGCCAUUCUUGCAUCCGUCCCUUCAUCUACUCUUUUGGAAGGCUUCUGAGUUAAACUUCAUCACUUCAGGUUUUCUAUUUUCUGGUUCUUGAUGGCGUCGAGUGCAAGUCCGAUGGAAUCGAAUUGGAUAGUGGACACUUCCCUAGAGCUUAACACAUCGUAUCUGAAGGAAACUGUUCCAAGAAAUGAUAACUCUCAAGGAGGACGACAAGAAGAGCCUGUUGUUAAGCAUGAGGCCAGUGAACUGGUCGAGGAGUAUCACCGAAUUAGCCAUGAGAACAGGAAGUUGACUGAAAUGCUGACCCUUAUGCACGAGAGGUAUAAUACGCUGCAUAACCAAUUGAAUGUCUUGGGGAGUAAAACCUCCGAAAGUGAACUCGGCGCUUCAAGAAAGAGGAAGCAUGAAGCUCAUGUCGCCUCAGAGAGUUGCAGUUACAGCGUAGAUCAGAUGUUCAAGAAGCCAAAGGAUAGCUUCAAACACAAGAUCUCUAAAAUCCAUUUCCGAACUGAUGCGUCCGACAUGAGCCUUAUAGUGAAGGAUGGUUAUCAAUGGAGGAAAUACGGUCAAAAGGUCACAAGAGACAACCCAUUUCCAAGAGCUUACUAUAGAUGUUCCUUUGCCCCAACUUGCCCUGUUAAAAAGAAGGUACAAAGAAGUGUUGAUGACCCAUCUGUCCUAUUGGCCACAUAUGAAGGAGAACACAACCACCCAAACCUGUCUCGGCCCCCGAUUCCACUAGGUUCUGACAAACAGGAACUGAAUCCGGACGCCCCUCCAAUUCCAUCGCCCUUGAAGUCGAGAUCUUCUAGUCCUAGGAGUACUCCUGAUUUGAUGUGCCUGGGUAUCGACACUCUAUCUGCAAAAAGGGGCCAAGAAACAGCGGCGGCGGCAGAAUUUCAACAGUUUCUGGUGCAGCAGAUGGCCUCUUCCUUGAAAAGAGAUCCCAAUUUCACGUCAGCGCUUGUGGAUGCGAUAUCGGGAAGGAUAUUCGACCAAGCCCGGAUUGAGAAGUGAUGAAUGGAAAGGGCAUCAUCGGAGUUUUGUAUUUAGUAUGAUUUACAUAUAGUUCGAGCAUUGAAUUCAACAGUUGGGUUAUGACAAUGGUCGGUUUUGGAUUGAAGAUGUGAACAUCUCAUCUUUUGUGUAUUGGCUGACCAAGCAAGUUGAUCUGCUCACGAGCUUAUUUUCAGCUCGGCAUAUAAGCUACUUGAACUCGACAUGAUUGUUUAGAGGUUUAGUCGAAUUUGAGUAGCCUGCAAACUAAACUUGUUUGGUGAUUUGAGGACAGAGUGUUCACCUUAUUAUACUAUAUCUACUUGAGGCGACUUUGAUGCCGAAGCAUUCCUUGAAGACGUUGAUUAUGCAAGAGAGUUGCCGAUCUAGUGGACAAGCUGACGAUGAUCUAACAAGUUGCCGAUUUGCAAGCCUACUGUCAAUUCCAAGUCUAAUCAAUCACGACAUGUCCAGUGUUUGUUCGCAUUCCUUGAAGGCCAUUAAUUCAAUUACUUGGAACUAGAACCUCGGAGAAUCUCAACCGACUUAAUUUAUUUCUCAUGUUUUUAAGGUUUAGUAGAUAUCAUUCAAAUUUCUAGAGUCCUUACUUAAUU